AUGCCACUCAUGUCCUCCCUUCGCUCGGGACUCCUCUUCAACCCCAAAUCGGCGUUCCAUGCGACCGGGUUUCCCAAAACUGUUCUUUUCCUCAAAUCAACUAUAGCCAUGGUUGACGAAGCAGAGCCAACGCCUCAUUCCCGAAUUGACCUCAUAACCUCUCAAAAUUACCCCGUGCCACUGUCCCCUCAGCUGCCCCCCAUCUCAAAGCAAAUUGAGCUUAGUCGGGCCAUGUCUGCUUCUUCAAAAUCCAGCCUCUUCUCUCUUUCAAGAGCGGACAUUCUAUACGAAGACGAAUGGCUUCUCGCUGUUAAUAAGCCCCAGGGUAUUUACUGCGAGAGUGUGCUCUCCUCUCUCACUUCAGCUCUCGCUCUACCCUCUCCCUCAGAUGGACUCACAGAAGGAACUAAAAUCAGCUUGCCAGAGCCAGUGCCUGAGCCUGAGCUUCAUCUUGCCAAUCGACUUGACCGUGACACAAGUGGUGUCAUGGUCAUAACAAAGUCCCACAAAGUGGCCGCUAAACUUGUCAAAGCAUUCACUGAUCACAAGGUUAGGAAAACAUAUAUUGCCCUCUGCGUUGGUUCAGCUCCACAGUGGGGAAAGAUCACUGUAAGAUCAGGUCACGGGAGGUCCAAGUUCGGUGCCUGGCGGGUAUAUGCUACUUCAGAUGUUGGCAGGACGCUACCAGGUGGAUCAGUAAUCCGAGACAUGGAAACUUCAUUUGAAGUAUUAUCAAUAAAUGGAAAAGGGAGUUUCAAGGAACCCUUUGAAUCUACAAACAAUGAAGGCUUUACUGUGGUUGUGGAACAAAAGGCUGUCAGAGGAGAUGUUAUGGAAGAUGAGAUCCUGGUGAGAGCAUAUCCUCGCAGUGGAAGGACUCAUCAGAUCCGCCUGCACUGCCAAUAUCUUGGGAUUUCUAUAAAAGGGGAUGUGAAAUACGAGGGAGUCUAUGAGUGGCGAGAUAAAAUUUAUGAUGCCCAUCAGCUUCAUGCAGAAAGCAUGUCUUUUGAGCAUCCUGUUACCGGUAUGCAGACUGUUCUCCAUGCACCUCUGCCAUUGUGGGCCAACCAGACUUUGCAGCUUUAAGUUAUAGGCUUCCUGGGCUUGGAAGAAAAUAAUUCAUGGUGUUUUGAGCAAGUAUUUUUGGCAUCUCAUGGAUGAAGUUUUUUUUACCUUUUUUUCUUUAAAAAGAUUACAAUUUAGUCUCGUAUCAUCAUGUGCUUGGUGCAUUGUCCUAUCGACAAAGAUGCCCUCAAAAUUGGGAGAGGUCAGGUCUGACCUGUAUGGCUGGUUUAGCUCUCUUUCUAAUUUAAAAAAGAAAAAAAAAUCAUUAUACAAUGUUGUUGUGAACUAAAGACUAUACUGUUCAAAGAAACUAUUCAUCCUAAGAAAUAAAUGACGUAUACCUGCUUGAAGAAAUUGGUCAA